UGCGACAACUUAUCAGUAAUAUUUUUUUAACAAUUUUUUUUUCUGAUGUCGGCUUUUCGACAUGUGUAUAUAAGCGGAGUUUGUCGCCCAGUCUUCACAUCGUUUAACAACACAGAACGAAAUAACCACAACAAUGAAGGCUGUAUUUGUAGCUCUCUUCGCUUUGGUAGCCGUUGCUUCUGCCGGGUUUGUAGUCCCCAGUUUGGGAUACUCUUCCUUGGUUAGUCCUUUAGCAUACAGCUAUGCUGCUGCCCCAGUUGCUGUUGCUGCUCCAGUCGCUGUUGCUCCUGCUAUCCAAACUGGAUAUGUAGCUGCCACCCGAGGAUCGGUACACACUGCUCCUUUGCCACAGGGACCUCUUGCCUUCAGUCACCACAUCAACACUGCUCCAGCCCCAGGAACUUUCUAAAUCGUUCUAGUUAAUUUAUGAUAUGUCUGUUGUUUACCUACAGUUAAAUAAAAAUUAAAAUUAAA